AUGAUUUCAUCUCCUAAACGUAAUGUGGAAAAUAUUCGUCAAAAAAAUUUGGAAGAUAAUCAACUUUUUCUUCAAAGACUUCUCAUGAAAAAUAUUCGAAAUGAUUUUCUCAAUUCAGCUCGUUCAAUUCUUCGUAAAGAUGGAAGUAGUCAUGUUAAGAAAAAACUUCCUCUUCAACAGGAAAUAGUCGAAUAUACAACUCGAUAUCGUGAAAAAUUAAAGUGCGGCAAAAUUGGUCCGUUUGUACCUGAAUGGCAACGUCAUAUUGAAGCACAGAAAAAAGCAGCAGAGAAGAAAUUAUUAGAAAAAGAACGAAUGAAAUUGGAAAAUGAACGAAAAAGACAAGAAAAGGAAAUAAAAAAGCAAGAAAUAUUAUUUGAAAAAGAAUUGAGAAAAGUCGAAAGAAUAUUAGAAAUCGAAGAAAAACAAAAGAUUAGACGUGCCAAACGACUUCGUCAUAAACCAUCGAAAUGGACUGUUUUUUACAAGAAUAAUAUCAAUGGUAAUCCUUAUCAACGUACAUUCAAACCACGUCAUACAAAACUGGAUGAACGAAUUCAACAGAAUUUAUUUUAA